CAGAUCAGAUAACACACGAGAGUGGACUCUGGUCAGCUGCAGGGCAAGACUUUCAGUCAGCAAUAUGGGGAAACUGCUGGUCAUCGCUGUUGUUUGUGUGCAGCUGUGCUGUGCGCAGUACCCGAGAUACCUUCGUUUCCCGGUUGGGAGAGGCGACGACACCAAAUGCCAUGACAACCAGGUUGACAAGAAGUACAACAUCGGUGACGUCUGGAGCUCCCCAUUCUCUGGCUGUAAACAGAGCCACUGCAUCAAGGACAACGGCGUUCUUUACAUCGACCGAUUCCAGUGUCCGUCGGUAAGAAAGCAAGUGGACUUCAAGAAGCUAAAGGCCAACAAUCUGUUCUGCCGCGAGGCUCGGGGAGACAGGAGGAAGGAGUUCCCCGACUGCUGUGCCCGCCUUGUCUGUAAACACUACGUGGACGGGAAGCUUGUGCCGCUGCCGGCGCACAAAUAUCCCCUGCUCUAGUCAGCGAUGGAAUGGAACUACAGUUGCUCGAAUGAGAACCAAAGACGUCUAAAUAUUCGUCCGUGUGUGCACAUUUGAUGCGACCGAAUGUUGCUAUUGCUGCGCGGGCUUUCAGUGCAAGUCAUGUGAUAUUGGCGCAAUGACAAUUUAGAUGGUUUUUGUGCAUGCACGUACCACUUUGUUACUACUGAGCGCUGUUUUUGUACUGCACCAAUCUGAUGCUCAGGUAAAUAUACUUUUGAGGGUUGAUGUGGGAACUGUUGAGACAUCUUGGCAAAUCAUUCUCCAUAAUGUCGUCGUUCAUGGCAGUGCCAUGAUCGUCCGGACAACGAGGAAGUGUUCAGGGGCCGUUUCCCCAGUCAGAUAUUAUUUUACCAAUAUUCUUCCUUGGAAACGCAGUGAAAUUCAAUUCCAGACUGAGGCGUGAAUACACGUGAGAUAUAUCACUUUUGAGCCUGAAGCCUGGAACAAAAGACAGAAAAAUCACACAGUUGGGUCCUCCCGAGUAUGACAGACUAGCAGCAUUAGCUACCUGGGCAGCGCGGUUUCCAUCGAUCCAUCGUGGUUUCUGUUCACGCAAUACUCAGGGCAAGGUAGUUCGACCGGUAUGGACGCACAUAUCACAGAGGUUUUGACAGCCACACUCUUUCAGUUUGAGUUCUGAAACCCGAUUAUUUUCCUAAAUUUCACCUUUACUAGGUUCACCAUAUAGCUUCCGGAGGCAUUCAGGACCAAUCACGGGGUGUUCAAAGCGAAUGUUCUGUCCCCGGUUCUUCGACGACACCUGGUAGAUGUUUGCCUGAUGUGCGUUAGUUCAGCGGAGGUGGGCAAA